AUGAUCUAUCUUAAAACUAUGUUAAAUGUUAUCGACAACUCUGGUGCCCAAGUUGUUGAAUGUAUUAAAGUCUUGCGUCAUAAACCACAUAGUUGUGCUCAAAUUGGUGAUAGAAUAACAUGUGUUGUUAAGAAAGCCAGACCUCCUCAACAAGAAUUGGCUGGUCAAACUUCAAGUAAUAGAGUCAAGAGAAGAGAUAUUUGUCAAGCUGUUGUUGUUAGAACCAGAGCUCCAUUGAGAAGAAAAGAUGGAAGUGUUGUUAGAUUCGAUGAUAAUGCAUGUGUAUUAAUUAACAAGAAUGGGGAACCAUUAGGAACUAGAAUUUCAUCCGUGGUGGCCAAAGAAUUAAAGGAUUUGAACUACAACAAGAUUGUCUCAUUAGCUCCAAAGACAUUUUAG